UGUGAGGUGAGGGUCAUGUCAGCCACCCCAGGCACUGUGGUAGGAAACAGAGUACAAAUGAGUGUGGCAUUAGUGCGUGUCAAGGGUCCAGGCAAGAGUGAUGAGGAGUAUAGUAGUGAAGAGAUUCCCGUCUCUCUGCCACUUGUCUUGGGGAGAGGAUCAUUACUCAAGUGUGGUGAGAAAGGCAUUUCUCGUCGACAUGCUUAUCUAGACUGGGAUGAUGAUGGAGUUCUUAUUACAGCGGUGCAUCAGAACGCAACAUUUGUUGUUGCUAACGGUCGGGAGGAAGAGCUGACAGUGGGCAGCUCUGCUCUUCUAACACAUGGUGACACUUUUGGCUUAAUGAAGACCAGGUUUUGGUACAAGAUUAGUUUGCCAGAUGCUGCUGCAGAAGAUAAAAACAAAACAAAAGAAGGCUUGCAUAUAGUGGACACGGAAGCCACAGGACAUGUAGAAAUAAGAGAAAAUAAUGAAAAUAAAUCUGAAGUUACAUUGGUAAUUAAAAAAAAUGAGAAUGAUAUAAAGGAGACUAAAGUGAAGGAUGUUAGCAGUGAUAGUGUCAAGAAUGUUGAGGUCCAGCAUACAUCACCUGUACAGUGUAAUAAACAAAAUUCUCACCAUGAGCCUCACCCUACACAGCAAGAUGCAUCAGUGAUUGGUGAAAAAACUCUAAAGAAGAAUGACUGUACAGAGAAUCAUACAUGUAAUGAUGAAUCUGUUGAACCUGCUACAGUAACAUUACAGGAAGUCCAGUCAGCUGUAUCUACAAGGAAGAGAGAUUUGCCUGCUUGGAUGGCUAAAAAUGAUGUGACUAUAGACAAAGGAAAACAAAUAGAAAAAGGUAAUUUGCAUCCUCAUGGUGCAGGUCAGAAAACACACUCGACUACUUCAAAAAGAAAGACAGCUGUUAAAAAUUUACCAGCAUUUCAGGCAAAUCAAAAUACUGGAGACAAAAACGAAGUGUCCAGCAGACGUCCAGCAUUGACGGGAUCUACUGCUGAGCUUGGCGAUGCUCAAGGUCCAAGGAUAAAACAAAAUAAAGCAAACAAUUGUUCUCCAAUCAGAAAUAAACAGUCCACAACAAGGAAGGCAACAUCUUCACCCAAAAAAAGAUCUUCUCCACAAACACACAGAACUAAAAUUCUUCAUGAUAUGAGCGAUGAAAAUAGUGAACAAGAUACCGAGUCCAUCGGCCAGGAAAGAGAUGACAGCAAUACUGAGAACCCCAGUAAAAAGAACCAGUUAUCCAAAAAACAUCAACUUUCACCAAGCAAGAACCAUGUUGUGAGUGACAAUGAAGAGGAUGUAAUUAAUGAGGCAUCUCACAGCACAGAUAGUGUAAGCACAGAUGCUCCCUUGCCAACCACAUCUACCCUGCCCAGUCCAGCUCUUUCCCAAAGGAAAGUUCCCAGAGAAACCUGUCAGUAUGGAGCCAGCUGUUAUAGGAAGAACCCCAAACAUCGAGCAGAUUUUGCUCAUUAUGGGGAUUCAGACUACAAUGAAAAUCCCUCAGGCUCUGAAGAUUCAGAUGAUGACCGACCUCAGUGUGAAUUUGGUGUUGAUUGUUAUCGAAAAAAUCCUCAACAUCGUCGAGACUUCCGUCACAGUAGGGUUCCCCAACCACAACGGAAAGCAAAACGAAAAGCUCGUCGGCAGAAACAGGAUGCAGAGAGUGGAUCUGAUGAAUAUGAUUAUGAUGACCCAUUCCUGAAUGAUGGUAGUUCAGAUGAUUACGCACCAACGGAGUCUGGCUCAGACUCGGCAAUGGAUGCAGAUGAAGCAGACGUGGAAGACACUAAGCGGAUGUUAAAUGAAGCUAAAAAAUUUGUGAAAAAAAAGUAGCUGCACUUUGCUAUGAAUUAUAGUUUGCCACUUUAGUUGUGAAAGGAACUGAAUUGUAUACCUCUUGUAUUUUGCACCUAAUAAUGAUGACUAAUGGUUUAAAUUUUAAAAUCUUUGAAUCAGAUUUUGUCUUACAGAAGAAAGAUGUGGUCUGCCUUAAAACAGCACUAAUUGCUUCACAUCUUCCUCAGAAAGUUUACCUGGUUAGUAUUGAUUUGUUACAUUUAUUUAUGCGUAUUGGAUUAGCAGUAGCCAAAGUUCACAACGUCUAUGAAUUUGACUAGGAGAUAUACCUUAAAUAUUUAAUUGAAACCAAUGUUUGUGAACGAGCCACUACCAAAUGCGCGAUUAAAAAAAAACUUUCAAACUUGUAUCAAACUAUACAGUGGUACCUCAGCUUAUGAAUUUAAUCAUUCCCAGAGACGGUUCGUAACCCGAAAAUUCAUAAACCGAAGUGAAUUUUCCCCAUAAGAA